AUGAAGGAGUUCCUAGACUCUAAUCGAGUCAAUUUCUUGAUUUGGAGGUAUGUUUUGGUUGCAGAUUACCGAGAGACGGCGGUCAAGUUCCAGAAGGAGUGGCACGUCGAGGAACCUCACCGGCAGCUAGACUUCGCGCAACAUGUCAAAAGCCAUGCGCUAGUGAAUGUCAUCAACAAAGGCCUCUUGUAUAACUCCUUAGAAAGGGAGCAUGCGCAGUCGCAGCAGGUACCUCGAGAUGCUUCGGCGACGGCAGCGCUGGCCGAGGCGAUGCAGCUGGGGAUAUUCGGACCACUGCUUGCACAUCCGCUGGCUCAGCCUCAGCAGCAGCAACUCCUCCUGGAGCAGCAGCAGCAGCAGCAGCAGCCGUCAGAACAGCAGCCAGGAGUGGAAGCGGAUAACGAAGACAAGGUAGACGCGGAGAUAGCUGCAUCAGCACCAGCACCCGGGACGGACAUGGAAAAUAUCCGAAAGCGUCAAAUGGACAGGCAACAACAGGCGCCGCUCCUGAAUGGCUCCCCGGCUAAGCGACCACGCCUAAGUAAUGGGUACGAAAAUGGGGUGGAUGCAGCCACAACCCCGAUGGACCUGGACGGGCAGAGCCCCGGCGAUAAUCACGCCUACCCAUCGCCCCAAGAAGGCGAAAGGGCACCAACACCGAGGCCCCGAACCGAGGGGCCAGAUCGGGGCACACAGGUCGACAAAGUCGAAGAGUUAGCCACCGAAACCACCUUCCUCCCUCUGACCGGUCUCGAUGAAGCGCCGACAGCCUCGCCAACCACAGGGUCAGCCAGAGUCGAUGGCGACGGCGCGCCUGUGCUACUGCAUUGCCAGUGGCAUCCCCGAGAUCCCACCAUCUUGGCGGCUGCUGGGACGGAUGCACUAGCCCGCAUCUGGAACGUCUCUCGUGGAGCCACAGCCGACCCUGCGUCUGACGGUCACGUGAACGGCUUCGCCCCGAAUUUCCACACGCUGGUCGAGGACGACAUACAGCCCCGAGCCACCGUCACCGCCAUGGCCUGGAACUGGGAUGGCUCGGCUAUCGCGCUCGCCACCGACUCGGAUUCGAAGGCUCGGAUCACCCUCUGGACGCCCGAAGGCGCCCACAUCCAUCACUUCGAGGUGCCCGAGCCGCCCGUCAUCAAGUUGCGGUGGAACCCCAACAAUGCCGCUAUCCUGGGUAUCGCGCCGGACAACGGGGGUGCGCUGAUAACCGUCUACCAUGCCGUCACCCCGAACUCGACGACGUAUUUCCUGCCACGCCACGAUCUCGAGGCCGACCCUCUCGACGCAGCGUGGACUAGCGAGACCGAGUUUCUACUAUGCGGCGGCGACUUGCUGAUGGCCUUGAAGUGUGUCGAUGGAAAGAUCACCGAGGUUAAGAGGUUCGACACUCGCGAAGGCGAUAGUAUAACGCAGGUGCAAUUCGACUGGCGGACCUCGCUAGCGGCGACAUGCGGAGAGAAAGGAUUCGUCGACAUCUGGGAUCACUCAGGCCGCAGGCGUGAGAUAAAGUCUCACACCGAGCCCGCCACGAUGCUGGCUUGGCAACCGUUACCGGAGUCGGCAUCCUCGAGCGGUGAGCGGCUCCUAGCUUCUGGAGGCGACGAUGGAGCAGUAUUUAUUUGGGACGCCCUCGCCCCCGAUGGAAAGGCCAAAUGGUCCAUUACUAUGGGCCCGCCCAUCGUUGCGCUGGCCUUCACGCCCGACGGUGCCUUUCUUGCGACGGCCACGAGUGCUAAGAUAUUAAUCUGGAAGGUCGGAGACCAUACCAUUCCACGGGCUGCUUGGUGCAGGGCACCUCACCCCGGUUGGCAUAGUCCACGGAUAAACCCAGAGGCGGACGAGGAAGACGAGCAUUGCCUAGGUUGGGACGCGACAGGACACAGGCUUGCUUACGGCGUUAAUAGUAGACUCCCGCGCCCCUUCCUCCACGCUCGACCGCGAAGAGAAAUCAGGCUUUAUCCCCGCAACGGCUCUCGCUCAGCCUAG